AUGGGAUUGAAAGGCUCAAAGCCGAAGCUCUCGAAAGAGGACCUCGAGUUUCUGAAGCGGAACACAAACUUCACCGAGGAACAGAUCAAGGAGUGGUACAAGGGAUUCGUGCAAGACUGCCCGAAGGGACACCUGACAAAGGAGCAAUUUAUAAAGGUCUAUAAAGACUUCUUUCCGUCGGGCUCAGCAGAAGGGUUCUGUGAACAUGUCUUCCGAACGUUCGACACCGACAAUUCCGGCUUCAUCGAUUUCAAGGAAUUCUUGUUGGCCAUUAACGUCACGUCAUCCGGCACGCCCGAGCAGAAGCUGGAAUGGGCGUUCAGGAUGUACGAUAUUGACGGAAAUGGCACGAUCGACGAGAAGGAGAUGAUCAAGAUUAUCGAGGCAAUCUACGAGAUGCUGGGCCCCGAGGUGACAAAAUCGGCCGACGACUCACCACGCAAGAGGGCCAAAAUGAUCUUUGAAAAGAUGGACGUCAACAACGAUAAGGAACUGACACUCAAGGAAUUCGUGGACGGGUGCCUGGCGGACAAGGAGCUGUUCCAGAUCCUCACGAAUGAGGUGAAGAAG